CAGCGCUGCUGCCUUCCUGUACUGAUGCUUCACAAUCCCAAAGAAGUUCUCGAUGGGAUUGAAGUCGGGCGAGGCAGGUGGGGUGAAGAUCACUGACCAUCCUCGGCGAUCGAUGCAGCACACCAGAGUGGUUGAUGGCAAAUGCAGCCGAGACAGACUUGUGCUUCAUGUGAUUGCGCUGGCGAAGCGGAGCACCCUUCGUCGGCCCCUCGGCCUGCGGUCCCAUGCCCGCUCCAUGCCCGCUCCAUGCCCGCUCCAUGCCCGUCCGGUGCUCGCCGUUGAGCCUUGCGGCCGUGCUCCUGUCGCUCUCGGACCCCAACACACCCAUUGUUCGUUCCGCCCUCCCGCUCAGUAUUUGUGGAUCCUGGCCGUCCUCCCCAUCUUGCUUUCGCUCUGCCUCCAUCUGCACUUGCUUUUUGCACUUGCUUUUGCACUUGUUGCCUCGCCCCACGCUUCUCUCGCGCACUCCUCUCUCGCCUCCAACCCGUCGCCCAACCCAUCCCAUCGUCUGUCGCUGACCCCGCUUCCUUUGCACGCUCUGUCCCUCCGUUCCAUCCGAUCUCCAGUGGCUCCACCGUCCUAUUUGUUGUCCCGCCGAUCCUCCUUUUGUGCUCCUGUUCUCGUUGAUGACUAUGCCCUUGGUUUUCUCCGUCCUGGAUACCGCUGUCCUUCCCAUCGCCUCCUCCUCCGCCUCCAUUUUCGUUGCCCUUGCCUGCCUUGCCCUGGGAGCCCUGCCUGAUCCUGGUUAAGUUGCCCUCCCGCUGCUUUUCCAGUGCCAGUUGUCGCUCCCCCUCCAGCUGUUAUCCGCUUUUGUCCAUAUCGACACUUUGGCUUUUCCUGUCUCUGUCCCAAAUCCACAUACGUCGUCUCCUUUCCUUCCCUGGACUCGCUCGUUAUAUCAGCCUCGCUUCAUUCCUGCCAUCGGACGUCGUCUGACUCGCUGCUUCGUGACCGGUCGCAAAUAUCCGGCACCUCUGCCCGAAACUCGAAACUCGAAACUCGAAACUCGAAACUCGAAACUCGAAACUCAACUCGGACCUCGCGACCGACAUCUGAGCCCUGGUAUCCAAGACCCAGUGCCGCUGCCCUGUCCGAGCUUCCAGUGAUAUACCAUCCAUCUGUACGUCAACCCCUCAUCCUCGGCCUGCAACUAGAU